UGUCCACCUAAAAAAAAUGCAUAAUGUGAGAGUUUGGAGUUUAGUUUUCUUGGGCAAAAUGAGGACUGCAGCCCAGGAGACAGCAUCAGCAGAUAGCUCUGAGAAACUGCUCCAAAGAGGCAGCGGGGGAAGCACGGUGUAUAUGUGGUUUUGGGAAAGGGAAAACAUGCAGUCAGGCACGUGUUGUUUACAGAGGGUUAUUGCUCGUCAGGAGGAGCAGUCCUCACCAUGAAGGAUUUUAGUGUUUUUCUAGAUGUGAGGAGAUAUAAGAAUUAGGCUCAUAAAUUUGGAUCCUGAAAAUAUCUGACCAUCUAAAGACCUGUUCUGCCUAUUUUUUCCCAGAGCACAGAGUGCCUCAUUUCAGCUCUCCCUGCCGAACACCUUUCAGGGGGGCAUUGACAGUCAUCAGCUGCAGCAGCACCUGAUUUAAUCUUCAUAGAGGAUGGUGACUGUCUCAGUAUCAAAGUCCACAGAAGUUCUGUACAUCAGCAGCCUCCAUCCCUGUCCAAAAGGCAGACUCCAUGAAACCAUUGAGUGUGUGCCUUGUAACAUAUAUGGAAAGCGAGAGAGAAUGAAAAAGCACCUCAGCUAGGUGAUGUUGCCUGAGAAUCUAGGCAAUUCUUCAGACAGUCAUGGGUAUCCGAGGACUGAUGAGUUUUGUUGAAGAUCAUAGUAAUGAGUUUUUCACUGAUUUGAAGUUGCGAGACACAAAAAUUAUCAUCGAUGGCUAUGCCCUCUUCCACCGGCUUUGCUUCAGUUCAAACUUGGAGCUCCGGUAUGGAGGGGACUACGACUCUUUUACAGAUGUUGUUCAGAAAUUCUUUGAAUCGCUAUUUGCUUGUAAAAUCUGUCCAUAUGUUGUCUUAGAUGGAGGAUGUGACAUUUCAGAUAAAAAGCUUAACACUUUAAAGGAUCGUGCUAGGGAGAAGAUCCAGAUGGCCCAUUCCCUUUCUGCGGGCGGGGCUGGGUAUGUGUGUCCCCUGCUCAUCCGGGAGGUAUUCAUACAAGUUCUGGUCAAGCUGCAGGUGUGUUUUGUCCAGUGCUUUUCGGAAGCAGAUCGGGAUAUUAUGGCCCUUGCCAAUCACUGGAAUUGCCCCGUGUUAUCGUCCGAUAGUGACUUUUGCAUUUUUGACCUGAAGAGUGGGUUUUGCCCAUUGAGUAGCUUUCAGUGGAGAAACGUGAACACUGUCAAGGGCACACGAGACUGCUAUAUCCCUGCCAAGUGCUUUUCCCGUGAUGCGCUCUGCUGUCACUUUGGCAAUAUGAACAAAGCUCUGCUACCUCUGUUCGCGGUGCUGUGUGGAAACGACCACAUUAAUCUGCCCGUCGUGGAGACGUUCUUAAGUAAAGUACGUCUCCCUCUUGGGGCUCCCAGUCCUAAGGGGAGGAGACACCACCGGGUGCUGGGACUUCUGAACUGGUUGUCCCGUUUUGCUGACCCUACCGAAGCAUUAGACAGCGUUCUGAAACAUCUGCCCCAAAAGAGUCGAGGAACCGUGAAGGAGCUUCUCUGCGGCUCCAUGGAGGAGUACCUGCAGUCCCAGGGGAGGCUGCAGGACUUCUUCCAGCGCGGUGCCUACGCGUGUCCAGACACCUGGAAUCCAGACUUACCGCCGUGGGUGCUCGCGGCCUUGGCCAGAGGCCAGCUGUCCCCUUUCAUCAGCGAUGCUCUGGUGCUGAGACGGACCAUUCUCCACACACAGGUGGAAAACAUGCAGCGACCAAACGCCCACAGGAUCUCCCUGCCCAUCCGGCAGGUCAUCUAUGGGCUCCUUGUGAAUGCUCCUCCACAGCCCGGAAAUGUGGCCUGGGGUGCGCUGCCUCCUCGGCCUCCAGCCUACAGCGAAGUGGAAAGGAUUAAUAAAAAUAUCAAAACAUCAAUUGUUCAUGCAGUGGAACUGCCCAGGGAUCAUUCUGACUUAAGCAGCUUGACUGAGCUCUCCUUGGCUAGACGGCAGACACUCCUGUUAGAAACGCUGCAGGUGAAACAGAGCACCCUGGACCCGGUCCCUGCUGCACUGAAGCUGCCUGUGGCUGUCAGCUGCUACUGGCUGCAGCACGCGGAGGCCACGGCAGAGCUGCAUCAUCUGCAGGCCUUACUGCUGGGGAUGCUGAUGGGGCCCCUGCAUGCCAUGAUGCACAGCCCUAGUGAAGCAGCUCCGCGGGGUGGUGGUAUCGAGAUGCUGUAUAAAGAGCUGCAGAGCGUGAAGGCGCAGCCUGGCCCAGGGCUGGACUUAGACACAGCUCACGUCUUCUGUCAGUGGCAGUGCUGCCUGCAGAUGGGGCUGUACCUCAACCAGCUGCUGUCCACGCCUCUCCCAGAGCCAGACCUAACUCGACUGUACAGCGGGAGCCUGGUGCACGGGCUCUGCCGACGACUGCGGACAUCGGCCUCGGUGGAGAGCCUUCUGCACAUGUGUCCCGAGGCCCAGCAACUCUAUGAACAUCUGUUCAACGCCACAAGGUCAUGUGCCCCUGCUGAACUAUUCCUAGCAAAGGGUAAAUCAAGUUCAAAAAAAAGAAAGCAAAAGAAACCAGGUACCAGCUGGUCAGAGAACAGAGUGGGGACCACCUUGAACACUAGGGGUUGGCAUGAGGGAAGCAACCGGUUUGAGCUGUUGAUGGUGGGGACCUUGGAGGAGCACACGGAGGCCCCAGAGCUCGAAUAAACUCAGUUUGCAACCAGGUUAUAAUUCUUACCAAAAAUUUGUGUUACCUCCCUUGAAAUGAUUGACUUUUUUCUUUAGAAUUGAUUUGUUAGAGGAUAAACAUUGCAGUACUUUGAAUUCCAAAGUAUUUUGUAUACUGCUUUUAGUAAAUACAACUUGAUUUAAGUAAACUUUUGUAUUUCUGGAACACAUGUGAAAACAUGUUUGUACUUGCCACGGUCGACUUCAGUAAGUUAAUAAUAGUUUAUAACUGUCAAAUUGCAGCAACUCAGCCAAGCUGUUUUCAAAAAGAACAGGAGUCCUACGUCAAUUACUUCCUAUAAGCUGAAGCUGGGUUAUCAUCAUUUAAAACAAUCUUUUUACAACUGUCUCCUCUUCAUC